AUGGCGGACAGUCCGAAAAAAGACCCCGCCCAUUCGGAGGUUACGUCGGUGAGCGAGGUGUUUGACAGCGAGAGGAGCUCUCAGGGCACAUUCGAUGUAAAAUCACUAGCCCAGCCAGAACAAGUGAAGAGAAAAUGUCUCCUCUGGCCACCGCGGAAUCGCCGGGAUCGGAUUAUUCUGAGCGCUCUUGGGGUUCUGGCCGCCGUGCUUCUCGCGCUAGUCAUCGCUCUGCCCAUUGUCCUCACCCGAAACCCACACGCCUACCAGUACAACGGCCGGCCCCAGGAUCCCACGUAUCAUAUCAUCGAGAAUCGCCCCGUGUUUGGGGUUUUUGAUUUUCCGGAUCCAGGUCUCGUCCACCACAAUGGAACCUGGUAUGCGUACGGAACGAACCCCAGGAGAAGCGACCCUGCUUCCGUUCAUGUCCCCGUGGCCACGUCGACCAAUUUUAUCAACUGGACUCUUCACCAUGGCUACGAUGCAAUGCCGGGCGCGGGCGGAUGGGAGCGCGAAAUCAAUCACUGGGCACCAGACGUGAUCCAACGAGAUGAUGGAAAGUUUCUUCUCUACUACGCUGGGGAGGCAAAACACUAUCACAACCACCACUGUGUCGGAGUUGCAGUGUCGCAAGACGAUGACCCGAUGGGUCCAUACAUCCCCGAAAAGGAGCCGUUGGCCUGCCCGCACAAAUACGGCGGCGCCAUCGAUCCUUCACCAUUCAGAGAUGUUGAUGGCAAAUUGUAUGUCACAUACAAGGCCGAUGGAAACAGCGUGGGCCACGGAGGUUACUGUGGCAAUAGCAAGUUGCCUCUUGUCUCCGUCCCAAUUAUGCUCCAAGAGAUGGAGAGCAAUGGUAUCACCAAGAUCGGGGAACCGGAAAUCAUUCUCGACAUCAUCCCCAGCGAUGGCCCGCUUGUUGAGGCGCCCAAUAUCAUCCGCAGAGAAGACGGCACCUACAUUCUCUUCUACUCCUCUCACUGCUACACCUCGCUCUGGUACGAUGUGAAAUAUGCUCAUGCGAGAUCGAUCAGGGGACCUUACACACGAGCUGCUCAGCCACUUUUUGAAACGGGCGAUUUUGAUCUCCAAUCGCCGGGCGGUGCAACCGUUUCUCUCGAUGGAACAAAGAUGGUCUUCCAUGCGGACUGCGAUCCGAAGAACCGGAUUCCGGGGCCUCGCGAUUCAGAACAUAGCUGGCGGUGCAUGUAUGCCGCGGCCAUCAAUAUUCAAGCCAACAAUACCAUUGCUCUGUCCUCCUUUGACCUCAUGGGUUCUGCAAAUUCUACGAACCCUCCCACAUAG